AUGAUUAUCCUGUCUUUUCUUGUAGCCUUUCUUACUACCGUUUCUACUACAGAAGCCGUCUGCAGCAUCAGAGUGCCUGCUGAUCCCCUUUCUGCUCGGGGUCUUGCAACACCAUAUAUUGUGACUGGCUGCAAUCAAUUGGAUGCUAAAGAAACCUCGUUCGUUCAAGGAGCUAUUUAUGAUCCUGCUACCAACACCAUCUCGAUUUAUAAUCCUUUAAUGAUCACCAAAGGUACCAUACCCGCUAUCAAACCAGUUGUCCCCAAGCUUCCCAAGGGUGCUAUUGUUGGAUUGUGGUUUGGUUCCAAUGCUGAUACCAUCCAUCUGACUGGCUCGGGUUUCAAUCGAGGCCGUUGUGUUAAUGGUCUCGGUAGAUCGGAUUUUGGACAAUUUGCUGCUUGUAAUGGCGAUGCUUUCUUUAGAGCUGCUAGAAAAGUCAAACUGCCGGAUCUUGGCACUGCUACCAACGGACUUCCUUGUCCUACCGUUCGUGAUUUUUCCAUUGUUGACCAAGACCAAUCGGACAAUGUUGCUACCAGUUAUAUCAUUGCUAGCACGGGCCGACUGGCCCAAAACACUGCCGAAAACCGUCGAAAGUUUGGAGUCGACAUUGUUGAAAAUAUGUCCGACAAUGGUCUGCUUAUCAAGACCUUGUCUGCUCUCGGAUGCAAACCAUUCACUGCUCCUGAUCUUGCCGACCCUGGAAGCCGCAUCACUGCACUUCCCUUGAAUGAACUCAUGGCAAAUAAACUCCAAAAAGCUCCUGUUGCUCUCGUCCCCAUUGAUGACCCUAUGACUCUAGUCAAUGGCAAACCCAAUGUUCGCAAGACCACUCUUUACCGUAGACAAGUCAACCAGCCGCCUGCCUCCCUUCGAAACGACAACUCUGUUUCCUACUGCAAAAACAUCCUCAAAAUCGCUCCUGAUCGUCUUGCCAAAGAUAAACAACUUACCAUCAAGGCUUCCUCACCCGAUCCCGAAGUCGGUAAUUCCUUGUUCACCUUUCUCGCUGCUCGUCUUGACAAGACGUUUGGUCCUGAAGGACUCGACUGCUCGAAACUUCUCAAUCUCAACAGUCCUGUGGUUCUGACCAAGGAUGCAAAGGGUGUUGCUACUGCUGCCCGAUUCGUCAGAGCUACUCGCAAAAGACCCGAACGAGUCCCCAGAAAGCGUCAUCCUCGUCCUCGUGUCCCAAGAAGAAGGAGACGAAACCGAGUUGCUCUCCUUACAAAAGAUUCAAAUCUAUGCAUCGAUGCUUCUAUAUAG